UGGAUGGUGUGCCCUGAAUCGUGGCUCUGCGGGGCUGCAGCUGGAUAUAUCUCGCCACAUGAGAGAGCCUUAAAAGUUAUAAGUUAUCAAAAGAAUUAAAGUGAUCGGGUUUAAAGCAAAAAACCAAGGAAAUGAACACGUUUACAAUAAAAUCAGCUGAAGUAGUAGCUUAGUAGUCACAACACGAUUUACUAUUUUAAUCUAGUAAACGCCCUUAAAUCCAUUUGCAAUAAAAUUGCUAAAACCUUGACAACGCGAGGGUAGGAUAAAAUAUCAGGACACCGGAAACAUCUGAAACGUAUUAAUCUUAAAUGCGGAAGGAGAUAUGCCACAAGUAACAGUUACGUUCUGUUUUCUCUUUUUAUAAGUUACAUAAAGAGAGUACAAUAUGAGUGACGAAAAUGCCAUAAAAACCAGACUGCUUCAGCAGGAGUGCCACUUUACGUGGUCUUUAAGAGAAGAAGACUUUUCUGUCACUGAUUUACUGAAUCGUCUGGAUGAACAGAUUCAAUUAGAAAAUGGUGAGGCAAGAGUGACACGAGCUUACAACAGUUUAGGUUUUGUUCAUUAUAUUUAUGACAACCUGCAGGAAGCGCUCAAGAAUCUGCAGAUAUCUGUGCAGAUCGCAAAGGAGUACUACAAAGAAAAAAGUGAUUCAUAUCUUAUUGUUACCUAUGGAAACCUUGCUUGGUUACACUAUUACAUGAAAGAAUUCUCCACAUGUGAAGACUACUUGAGAUUAUUAGAGAGGAUUCACGAAACAUCUUCUGAAGAUCUCACCUAUAGCAUUUCUCUAGAGGUGCUCCGAGAAAAGGGUUGGGCGUUUCUCAAAUUCUGUCGAAAAUACUACAAUGGUGCAAAGGAGUGCUUUAGACAAGCUCUUGAAAGAAACCCACAUGAUAGUGAUUUAAACGCAGGUUAUGCUAUUGCAUUGUAUCGCACAACUGAGACACCUGACUCUCUGUUAAUUAAACAACUACAAAGAGCUAUAAAGCUUAAUCCAGAUGAUGCCGUUUUACUUGUGCUGCUCGCCCUGAGAAUGCUCCACAUCACAGACGAUGAAAAAGCAUCUCAAACUCAAGUGGAGUUGGUGAUUUCUGCCUUGUUAAAGUCUCGUGAAAACCCUCAUGUUUUGAGAUACGCUGCACAGUUUUUCCGCCAAUUGGGAACUGUGGAUGUCGCCAUUCGUCUUCUUGAAGAAGCAUUGAAGAAUACACCAAAUUCAGCCUUUUUACACCAUCAACUGGCUAGGUGUUAUAUCAAUAAACAUCAAACACUGAAAAAGAAAAAAGCUGAGUGUGAUGAAAAGUAUCUGAACAGAUGUAUCUAUCAUCUGGAAAGGGCAAUCACAUUGAAGCCUUCAUUCAUCGUUGCUUUGGCAGAUUUGGCUCUGCAGUAUGGACGAAAAAGUAGUGUCCCAAAAGCUGAGAAAAAGUUUGAAGAAGCUUUUAAAUUGGCCAAUAUUCAAAAGGAGCAUCUGCACAGAGUUUAUUGUUUAUUUGGCCAAUACCAGCUCAUCUGCCAUCACUCACAGGAAAAAGCCAUUUACAAUUUCAUGCAGGGUCUGAGGCUUCAGCCCGAAUCAUCAGAGGGCGAGUUGUGUGAGAGUUACCUGAGAAAGAUUGCUGAAGAUCGUAUCAAAAACACCCAAAACCCACGUGACAGCAAGGCGAGUGGAAUAUAUGGAUUCAUUCAUGAAGUAAAAGGAGAAAACCAACAAGCUGCUAAAUACUAUGAGAGAGCUCUGAAGCAUGGACCUGCUGAUUGUAAAAGCAUUUUGCUCACAGAGAUGAGGAUUUGGCUCCUGAGUUUCAACGAAGCAGGAAAAUCCAUUUUAAAUCUCAUAUUUGAUGGAGGGCGUUAUGACGAAGGACUAAGUGUUAGUGGUAAGCUGAAGAGUGUCAAAGGCACAGUAGCCAAGAAAAAUGUAAACCUGUUUGAGAUUGACAUCUGCAAUGUCAAGAGAAUCCUUAGAUGGGAAAGAAUGGCUCUCAAUCCUGGACCUCAUGCAGUUAUACUUGAGCAUGGGCAAUUCACAGAGGAAACUGAAAAGAUCCUUAAGGAUUUAGAGUUUCUUGGAGAGGAAUUCUGGAAUCGUGUUAUAGUCGUAUUCACAGAGGGAGACUGUAGUAUGAGUGAAUAUCAUGGAGAUCAAGGAAGAGUAUUAGAGUGGCUUCUAGAAAAAUGUGGAAGGAGAUACAUCAUCACUGGCAAAGAGUCAGAAAGCCUUCAAAAAGAGCUUUCAAAGAAGAUUAUGGAGAUGAAUUGGAUGAAUAAGUCAAUGCACCUGCUAUUACCACAGAUGUCAGAUGGAGAUUCUCAAUGUCUCUCAGAAGACUUAAUAGGGAUGGAGAUCAAAGAUGAUGAUUUGGUCACUCCCGAGAUAAUCGUUCAGGAAGGACAAACUGUAUACAGGAUAUCAUGCAGGAAUGCAGGUUGGUUCCAAUGUAAGUUUACGAGGCUUGGAUUCAACAUGAAAGGAGAAGGGGAGUUGCUGUACAGUACUGUUCUUCCAGAAAGUGGCACUCCAAUUCCCACUAACUGUUACCCAGCAGGUCCUCUGUAUGACAUCAAAUGUGUUCAAGGUGAACUUUCCCAACUCAGACUGCCUCACUGCGAAACCUUCAUUGAGGAUGCCAUCUAUUCAAUGUCAGUUAUACAUUAUUCUGGUGACAGUGUUGAGGUUCUCAAACCCCAAAAUAUCACAAGCACGCAUGUGACUGUAAGCAUCCCUGGAACGUCAAGAUUCAGGAUCACAAAGAUAAUUAACUGGUUUAAGGAAAAGAUCAUGGGACAAGUGAUAGUAUUGUACCGUCAACCAGCACACAGACUGCAUGCAUUUCUACAGCCUUGUAAUGUGGACCCCAGAAAAGUGGCUGAUGGUUUUCCAAAUUAUAAAUUAAUCCAAACAAUUUCUGAAUGUGAUCUUAAAUAUAACUGCACAUACAGCAUGACAUGUGAUUCACUAGAGGAACAUGGAGCAACCGUAGCUCCAAAAAUAAAGAUACAACCUCCGAAAAAAAAAUUCCGGUGCUCUUUUAAAGAAAGACCUCAUUACUAUCCAACAUUUGAAUUGUUUCUGCCAAAUGAUGUGAUGAAAGUGAAGUUAUCAUUAAAAAAUGAACAUUUUGAUCCAGCAAGAGUUGUGUGGAAUUGUGAAAUACAUCUCGAAGAAUAUGCAACAAACAAAUUAGUCAGUUCAUCAACAAAUGAGCAGUAUAAAUCCUUUCUGAAAGUCCAAAAAAACAGCUCAUCCAAAGGGUGCUAAAUGUUGAUGCUAUUUUGGAUGGUCUAACCGAUGUUGUAGAGCAAGAACAACUGAAGAAAAUCAGAGCAAAGACAAUAAGUCAGGAAAAAAUGAGGGGACUCUAUGACAUUUUAGAAGUACGAGGGUCAAAAUU